UUUUUCACAAAAAAAUUAGCGGUCCUUUUAACAGUAAUGAUUGUUAGAUGUCUAUGAGCUUUACUCAGUAAUAAUAUUAUUACUACAACAACUGCAAAAAAUUAGCCGAACAAACUGAUCGUAAAUGAAUGAUAUUAAACAACUGAACUUCGCGACAACUGAGCAAAUUCCAUUCGCUGAUGAGGGUCGUGAGUUUUCGAAAAAGGCAGGGGCUGGCAUUAGGUGUGUGCUGUCAGCUGCCUGGCAGAGGGACCCCUUCAGCCUACUAUUGAAGAGUUUCUGCAUUGCUGUCAUUCCUGCAGGGGGUAGCUGAUAGCACCACUGAAAGAUGGCAGGAGGAAUCUUCACCAAUUUGGACGGUCAGUGUAAUGUGGAUUGUACCAAUGUCCACCCACUGAUGUGUCACAUGUGUCAUGAGCAGUACCAGUCCCCAUGUCUGUUGGACUGCUACCACAUCUUCUGUGCCCGCUGCCUACGAGGCCGGACCAAUGACAGCCGUCUCACCUGCCCCCUCUGUGGAUAUCCAUCCAUAGUAAAAGGGAAUAACACCCUUCCACCAGAAGACCGUCUGCUGAAGUUCCUUGUUGACAACAAUGCAGACACUGAGGAGACAGUGCAGUGUGCCAACUGUGACCAGGAAAGUAACAAAAAGGACACAGGGAUGAUGUACUUCUGUAACACUUGUAGCCAGCCACUGUGCGGCGCCUGCAGGGAGCUGACUCAUAAGGCCAGAAUGUUUUCCCACCAUGAGAUUGUGUCCUUGGCCAAACGCACUAAGGCCAAACACAGGAAGUGCUCUCUCCACGACGAGCCCUACAUCCUAUUCUCAACAGAAAAUAAGUCUAUGCUUUGUAUCAAGUGCUUCAGAGACAUGCAAGUGGAGAGUCGGACUCACUGCAUUGAUAUUGAGACGGCUUACAUGCAGGGGUGUGAGAUGUUGGACCAGGCUGUGCUGGUGGUGAAGGAUCUGCAGACUUCGGCUCGAGAGGCAAUCGUUCUGCUGAGAGCGAUGAUAGGAGAAGUGUGUCUAAAUGUGGAGGAAGAAGAGAGUGCAAUCUGCAGUCUGUUCAACAGCUUGCAGGAGAAACUAGCAGAGAGGAAGAAAAUUCUUCUGAGAGCAGCUCAGAGUCAACACGAAGAGAAGGAGAAAGCACUAAAGGAACAACUCUCACACCUUACCGCCCUAUUACCAACCCUCCAGGUUCACCUCGUCACCUGUUCGGCCUUCCUCAGCUCAGCCAACAAGUUUGAGUUUUUGGACAUGGGCUACCAACUAAUGGAGCGACUGAAGAGGAUUGUCAAGCUCCCUCAUCGACUGAGACCAGUGCAGAGCAGCAAAAUCAACACAGACUACAGAAGUGAGUUUGCCCGCUGUCUAGAGCCCUUACUGCUGCUGGGACAGCGCUGCCCUCCCUCUGUCGCCGGGUCUACAAGUGUGGCAACAAGGCUCCAGUCCCCUCUCUCCAUGUCCUGCCGCUCCCCAUCUCUCAGUGAGAUGCCCCUAGGCUCUGUGUUGGGGCGAAGGCCCACUUCUCACCGCAACAUCUGCACCAAGGUUCUCCUGGCUGAGGGGAGGGAGACACCCUUCACUGAGCACUGUCGCAAUUAUGAGAACACCUACAAGACGCUCCAGACCGACGUUCAGAAUCUGAAGGAUCAGGUCCAGGAGCUGCACCGAGAUCUGACCAAGCAUCACUCCAUCAUCAACACUGAUAAAAUGGGCGAGAUCCUGGACAGAUCGCUGCACAUUGACAGCCAGAUAGCUGCCCAGUACUCCACUGUGGAAACUGUGAGAGUCAUGUUCGAAGAGAUCUGGGAUGAGACGUUUCAGAGGGUUACUAAUGAGCAGGAGAUCUAUGAAGCCCAGCUUCAUGACCUGAUGCAGCUGAAGCAGGAGAACUUCUACCUGACCACCAUCACCAGACAGAUCAGCCCCUACAUCUUGUCCAUUGCGAAGGUCAAGGAGAGACUGGAGCCCAGGUUUCAGGAGCCUAAAGAGCACCAUGAUGACCGCACAGAAACAAUGCUGAAAAUCUAUGAAGACAGCUCAAUAGCAAAGGAAAGGCAUGACAGUAACAACCAGACCUGUGUCACAGACCAAGACAGAGACAAGAACAACCGCCCGCUGAUCCUCGAAUCGGGGGAGAGCUCUGUCAAGACCAGUCGUCCGGGCAGGCAGAGGGGCCCCAGCACGGAGACGUCCAGCCACAGUGAGAUGCCUUUAUAAACACCCUGUCAUUUGAUUUCCGUCCCCCCCUCUUCCUUCCCUGCCCCUGUGGAGCAAUGGGCCUUAAUUCAACUAUAACAAGCCCAGGAUGGUAUGUGACUUCUUCUGCUGUCCAGAUACUGUACAUAACAUUUUCUCAGCAGCAGGGAGCUGUCAACAGCUCCAAGGUGAGCCCUUGGAUAGACACUAAGUGAACGUACAUACAUGGAGCUGUCAGAGCCUGACACGGAAAAUCUCCUUAUUCAAAGAUAACAAUAUUUUAAAGAAUUGCUUUGGCGUUAUUUUUGAGCCAUGGACUGUUGCAGUGAGACAGUAACAGUCCACCUUUUGUUGCUCUGUUUGUCCUUUCACUGUUUAAAAUGAUAGGUAUGUGUAGAGUGUCAAUUACCUCUCUCUUUUUUGUCUUUUUUUCUACAGUUUGUGUAGAAUUGCUUUUUGCAGGAUCUAUUACUUGCAUACAUUUUUUUUUUUUUUUUUUUUUGAAGGCUGGAGACUGAUGAUGAAUGACUGCCCAGAUCAGGAGAUUGUUGAGGCGCU